GAUAGAGAGACAGAUAUGCAGUCCACCAGGCGGCGGUGUUUCUAUUCUUCACCUGUGGCUGGGUCUUGUCUCGUCUGCGGCUGCGCACUAAGUAAUUCGAUCCUCAAACCCGGAUGUAACCAACGCCUAACCUGUCUGAAGAAAACGAUGCAGACUAUAAAAUGUGUAGUGGUAGGAGACGGUGCAGUAGGAAAGACCUGCUUACUGAUCUCCUACACAACCAACAAGUUCCCCUCAGAAUAUGUGCCCACGGUUUUUGACAAUUAUGCAGUGACAGUGAUGAUCGGGGGAGAGCCCUAUACACUCGGCUUAUUCGACACAGCAGGCCAGGAGGAUUAUGAUAGACUGCGUCCUCUCAGCUAUCCACAGACAGAUGUAUUCCUUGUAUGUUUCUCUGUUGUCUCCCCUUCAUCUUUUGAAAACGUCAAAGAGAAGUGGGUUCCUGAGAUUUCUCAUCACUGCCCACGAACACCCUUCCUGCUAGUGGGAACACAGGUGGACCUGCGGGAAGACAGCAACACGGUUGAGAAGCUGGCAAAAAAUAAACAGCGCCCCCUGUAUCCUGAGAGCGGAGAGAAGCUGGCACGGGAGCUCAAGGCUGUCAAAUACGUGGAGUGCUCUGCUCUGACACAGCGAGGGCUUAAGAAUGUGUUCGAUGAGGCCAUCCUGGCAGCCUUGGAGCCUCCUGAGACCAAGACCAAGAGAAAGUGUGUUCUGCUAUAGAUGAACAACAACAGUGAGAGCUGUGAUGGUGUAAGAAGUAGGUGAGGUGAAUCAAAACACCAGAAAGAUCAAUGGCCAUUAUGAAAAGGACAAAAUAAAAGGGAAGGGAGGUACAGUGCCACUGAGACUCAUUCUAAUACACAUGUACACUGAUUGUGCCUUCAAAAUAAACUUUGAAAGAGACAGAGGAAGCUAAAUUUCAGUAUGCAGUAAAUGCAAUAAGUGUCACCCUUCUCCUUUUCUGAAAGGUUAUAAAGGAUGCAGUGUUCUUUUAAUAAAUAUUGAGGUGGGGCAGGCCCCCCCUGCCUGUCACUGUUUCUCAGUUGUUCGUUUUUAAAGAAAGAUUCAUUUAUACAGUUCUCUUGUGUGCUUUACUUCUUGAGGCCUGUUGGGGCUUUUAAACCCAGUGCAGGGAAAUAAAAACAUUUUGGUGGCAUUUAACAUUAAGUUUUUUUUUAGAGAACUUUGCUUAAUACAUUUAAGGGGGCAACUUAAUGUUAAGUGGCACUCUUAUUUGCUGCCUUUCCUAACCCUUGAAUAAUGAAACUGAUGAGAGUUCUUGUCAGUCCAAACAAAGGUAGCUGUCUGAAAUGAUGACUUUCUUCCAACUCCCAGUGACUUUUCUGGAAAACCAAAUGCAUUUUCACCAGUUUCCUUUCACUUAUGACGACUUACGAAUUUCUCUUUUAUUCUCCAUUUGUGUAUAUUGUAUUAAUUCUGUGACUCAGUUUUGGGAAAAUUUUUAGCAGUUAUUCUUUUUGAAACUUGACUUUUUAUUGUAUCCAGAUUUUUUUUUAUUUUUAUUGCUAGACUACCAACUUUGAGCGAUUGAUAAUAUAAAAAUUAAGUUGUAAUAUUUUGAAUCAAUCUUAAUCUUGAUAGAGAUUGAGAUAACUUUUUGCUAGUAAAUUUCUUGGUGUUUGUAAUCACAGGAUAUUUUUAAUAAAAUUUCAUGACAUGGAAAGUA